AAUUUCAUAAAUAAAUAACGUAGGGGUUUUUGUGGGGUUCCCGCGCGGGCGAAGAGAAUGGCGAGCGUGGCAGCGGCCAUAGAGCAGGCAGAGGCAGAGGCUCCAAAACGCGUUGAUGAGUCACUUUGGUGGGAUUCCUUCCCUUCCCUCCUCUCUCUACUACAACGCCCUUCUCCCGCUCUUUUGGAGAGACUGAGAAAACAGCAUGGUUGUUUACUGAAUUUAUUAUCAACUUUCAAACUACCCAAUUCUAAUUCAAGAACAGCUAUUAAUUGUCCUAGAGUAAUAAUUGGGGACCAUAAUAUUGAGAUCAAACCAGAGUUGAAGAAUGUGGUUGUUCAGCUUAGUUCUUGUCUGGCAUUGGAUGAAGUGCAGAUGUAUAUCCUUGUGAGCAGGUCUCUUGAACUAGAGGCCCCAUGUGUAACAUAUGAAUUCGAAUCUCUUUUUAAAAGGAUUGCAAUGCAGUAUUUCUUGGAGCGACAAUGCCUUCUAAAAUGCAGUCAUCAAGUCUUGGUGCAUAGGUUGUCAGUUGAAAGCGGUUCCCCUGAACAUGAUGCAAUAACAAAGGAAGUAAAUGAAUUACUAAAUAGUGGAUUGGAGGAUAAGCUGUUAGCAGUUUUAAAGGAAUUACUUUCAUCUGAGAAACAAUCUAGUUUGGAUCUUCAAUAUGUGGACAUGUGGGCUGAGGAGACAUUGAUUGAAGAAAAUUUGAUUUUGGACAUCUUAUUCCUUCUCUACUAUGAACCAUUUUGCAUUUGUACGGUUGAUAGAUUUAAAAAGUUACUUUCCAUGUUCAAGGAAAUCAUAACUGGUUGCAGCAAUAUUGGGAAACUGGCUGUAACACAGGUUGCUCAAAAGUAUGCACAGGUUGUGAAAUACCAGGUUAUUCUAAUUGUCAUUGAAGCAUUGAACUUUGAAAAUCUUCUUCAUAUGGUCUAUGAAGGAGUUCCAUUCAGCCAAGGUUCUCAUGCAUUUUCACUUGGGGACUUGCAAGAAAUUGAUGAUUUAAUUUCAGAUAUUAUUUCAUCAGAAGCUCCUGAAGUAGGUCCUAUAAUGUUUGCGUGGGCUAUUUUCAUUUGUCUUGUGUCAAUGCUUACAAAAACAGAAAACCAAACAAGAGUGGAAAUUGAUCAUUCGGCUUACAUUCGUCAAGCUUAUGAAAGGGGAGCACCUAAUACUAUUCUACUAAUGCUUCAAAGUGAAAUUUUUGAAGACUUAAAUGAUCAAGUUGUUGGAUACAAGAGCGUGUUAAAAACACUAAUUUCUGCAUUCAUUGCAGCAUAUGAUAUAGCUAACCAGAUGGAUGAUAACAUUGUUAAGUUUCUUUUGGAUUUGUUAUGCGAAAUAUUUUCUGGCCAGGAAUCCCUUUGCUUAGAAUUUUGGGAUCGAGAGAGUGUGAUUGAUGGGCCAAUUCGAAGUCUGCUUUUCACAUUUAGGGACAAUUUUCCAUAUCAGACUUUGCCUAUGAUUCGCAUGCUGUCUUCAUUAUGUGAAGGAACCUGGCCUGCUGAAUGUGUAUUUGACUUUUUAUAUAGAUUGUCAAAAAUAACCUGCUUAUUCCAGAGGAGAGGUUUCUCUUAUGUAAACAAUGAUUUACAAACAGUGCAAGCACAUAUUUCCUUGCAAGUUCCUGGAGCAUCUGGAUUGGUUAUACCUGCUGGGACAUUUGGAUGUGUCAUGAAGACAGUAGAUGAAGAUGUGAUUCUUGUUCGUUGGGAGAGCAUACAUCCUGGAAUAUUGGUGGUACUCUUGAGAAUGAUGCGAGAUUUUUCUUGCUAUCAAGAAUAUGAAGAGUUGGUAGGAAGCCUAGGACUGCUUAAUCAAAUGUUGAUGUUCAACAAGGCAUUAACUUUGAAGUUGCUAGAACUUGAUAGCUCUGUGGUUGUUCAGACAGCUCGAUGUUAUGGAUACAUGGAAAGGACUGUGGAGGUUGAUACCGUUAAGAUUUUUUGCAGUUUGAUAAACAAUGCUGUCUGUCUCAGCAAUGGGUUCAAAGUUGUAGCAUUGUGCACCGGUAUCCUAUGCAAGUUUUUUGAUUGCUUUCCUAUUCAAGUUGCAUCUCAAAUUUUUAGUACGCUACUUUUUCAAUCUCACACAGACAUAUCUAACAGUGAUGGUUGGUUACUUCCAGAGGCGUUUACUAAAUUAUUGUCAUUGGAUGGUGACCAUAGUGGAGGAUCUUAUGUUUUCACUAUUUCUAUUUUGGAUCUCUUUAAAACAAUUAUUACAAAAGGAAUGCAAAUAGAUUCAGUUGUCAUCUUGGUCGUCUAUAUAGUGCGAUACAUUCUUGUUAAUCAUGGAAGCUGGAAAUACAAGUUUAAACAUGAACCAUGGGAGAUAUUGUCAAAGGUGUUCAGUCUUAUGCAUGUAUGCAUUGGUAGUACGUUGAAUAAGCAUCCAAUUGAGCUGAAGCAUACUUUGAUGGAGAUACUAUUGUUUGAUACGACCAUCCACAAUAUCAUUCUUCAUGUUUUAUGUGUAAGAGCAGAGUUCUUGGAGGAACUAUACACAAGUCACUUUGUGAGUCCCAAAGAGAUUGAAUGGCGGCAGCAGGCUAUGUAUUCAGCUCUUGAUCUAGUCGGAUUUGCGGUUAUUGAUGUUACAUUUGGGGACUCCUCAAAAGAUUUUCCAGGCCCAUCAGCUUUGGAGCAGACAUUGCUACAUUCAACAACACCGCCUGUUCCUUUUAUCAUUGCUGCAAUCUCCUUAUUGGGUUUCUUUCGCAAUCCUGCAUUACAAUUGGCUGCUGCGAAAGUCCUAUCCAGUUUAUGUUUCGUUGCCCAGAAGACACACUCACACGCAGUAAGCAUUGCAAGCUAUGUAUCAAGUUCUAAACAGAGAAACAAUCUAAAUUUGGUGAUUUGCCGUCUAUUAUGUGCGGAGAAUGCUUUAUCAAAUUUGGAGCUCUUUUCUGCUACUUUAGAUCUGGUUACAUCUGCAGCUCUUUACCAGCCUACAUUUGUAGAGAUUAUGCUAUUUCCUCAAGGAAGAACUGUAGAGUCUUCUAUUAUGGAAAACAACAUAACCACCGCAUUGUCUGCUUCAAGCAUUAAAUUAGAGGAGACAAUGACAGUCAAUGGUGUUGAUGUGGUAUGGAGCUAUAUACAGAAUUGUGAAGAUCUUAUGAAUAGACAACCUUAUAUACUCUCACAAAUUCUUCAUUUUCUAAAGAUACACUGGCAAGGAGGUGCUGAAUGCAUACAUAUUCUUCAUAAGCUUCAUAACCAGCACAUGUUUUGGAAGUAUAUAUCAUCUUCUAUUUCAAAAUUCCCCUUCAGCAAUAUUACCAUUGAUGAGGCUUUAUCCAAAGCAUUCCAGUAUAAUUGCCAAUCUUCAGUGCUGCAUAUCAUGGCCAAUGAAAUAUUUAUUCAAAAUCACCUUGUACAGGCUGAGAAGAUUCUAACUAAGCGUGCUGCUGCAUCAUCAAAUAAUAUUAACAAUUUCACAACUGGAUAUGAUAAUAAAUCUAUGAUGUCGAAGUCAACUGGAUCAUCUGGUGCUCUAAAAGUUUUGUUGGACUGGAAUGAAAAUUCGGUCAUCUGUAGAAUUCUUCAGUCUUAUGCAUCAUGUUUGUAUAAUAAGGAACUCCUGCUUGAUGCAAAGGCCACAGCUUGUGCUUUUGUUGUUGCUUUGAUUGGGAAGGAAUUGGUUGGUGACAAUAGAGGAUUGAGUUUGUCCUUAAUUAAGAAGAUUCAAUUGGCUUCAAAAGAUUUGUUUGAACAUCCUGGUUUUGUUGAACUAAUGGAGCAAUACUCAACACGAGGAUACAGUUCAGAGAGAGGUCUUCAUGCUUUAAUUGUAAAUGAUUUGUACUAUCAUCUUCAAGGAGAGUUAGAAGGUCGACAAAUCCCUCCUGGAUCAUUUCAGAAAGUUUCAGACUAUCUCGUAAAGCUGAAUCUAGAUUCAAUUUUGCAAAGCAGCGUGCAUGUCCGAUCACAAGAUCUUCAUCCACUGUAUGGUGAUGACUAUAUUUAUGAUACCAAAUCCCUUGAAGCAGAAUUGGGUAUGGAGUGGUGGUCUGAUUCUGAUGAGAAAGGUUCCAUUGUUGCAGCACAAAAGAUGCUGCAGGUUUUGAAGCAUGCAAACGUAGCAUUUUCCCUUGCAGAUUCACAGAAAAAUGCAUUAAAAGCAUGGAUGACUUUACUAACAUUAACAAUAUUUGACAAAAAUACUGGGACAGAUGUACGGACAGUAAUGCCAGAUGCAAUCUUGUCUGAAACAUCAAUAGAGUCGUGCAUUAAAGGUCUGUGUGACUAUUUACAUACAUCUAUGCAGUUAUUGGGACCUGUUGGGGACCCAACAAAUCAUAUGCCAAAUUUCAUCAUUAUACAGGCACAGCUUUUGCUGAUUUUUGUUUGGUGGAUGUAUGGUUGUAUCACAUCAAGGAAGAAUGGUAUGCAAGCCUGGCCACUUUAUGCAAGAGUGAUUAGAACUGUUAUCACAAACCUAAGAGUAUUGAUGGAUACCAAACCAUUUGUUCAUGAUGGGAUUGAGACUAUUGUUAGAUGUCUCCUUGCAGUACUCCUGAUAUCAUUAGAACUUAUUAAUUCUCAAAACAUAGAGCACAAUGCAAGCAGACAGUCAAAGUCAGACAUGCAGAAUUUGGGAGAUGCUUUUGCUGAUGUUUCACUUAUGAGCUUGGAGUUUCUACCUGUUCUUUGCAAUUGUGUUGAAAAUGACAAGUUUGGUAACCUCUCCUUAGCUAUAACUGAUGUACUCUUGAAAGGAUUUUUGGCACCUCAUGCCUGGCUACCUGUUUUGCAAAAGCAUUUUCCAACAAAGUUAGUAAUUUGUCGAAUUCGACAUGACAAGUGGCAAGAAUCUGCUCCAGUUGUUUUGAAUUUAUGUUUAUCUUUAGCUCGUGUGAGAGAAGGUGCUGAGAUGCUUCAGUCAGCUGGCUUUUUUUCAUGCUUGUCAACAUUUAGCCAGUUUGUAAGGAAUGAAAUUUCAUUGAGUUCUGGACAAACAGAGGGUCCAUUCUCUCUUUGGAACAAAUGGGGACUUUCUGAUAGGUUAUGGGGUCUGGGAUUAGUCGUCAUAACGGCAAUGGUGAUGUCAGUUGGAGAAAAUGAUGCAGGGGUUGCAGUUCUAUGCAAUGCGUUGACUUACUUCAUAUCAGAAAAAGAUUACAUCUUGUGUGCAAUAAAAGCCCCAGAUAAUCUGACUGAUGCACUUGGCAGAAAACAAACAAGAAAUCGGAUGCCUCAAACCUCAGUUAUUGCCUUACAAAACACCGAGCAUGCCAUUACUCUUAUGAGUCAGCUUGCAAAGAACAGAGUGACACGGCCAGAUAUGAUGCAAUAUGUGGAUUCAGAAAUGAGGGAAAAUAUUAUACAUCUCUUAUCUUUUAUUAGCAAAGAAGCCCAUUUAUGUUCUGGAGACAUGCCUUACAAAAGUAUGCUUUUACAAUGCUCUCACCUACAAAAGGAAGAGAUAGCUGCGCUUGUAAAUCCUUCUGUAGUAAAUUGCAAGAGUGGAUGGUUUUCAGUUGCAGCAAGAGGUUAUGUGACCAAAAACAGGCAAUCACUAUCAUCACAACAAACUGCACCUGAUCCUGUAAAGAGCAUUGUACCAUUAUCCUUCACUAAAGGCGGAGCAGAAUUGGAUGCUAUUCCUCUUUUCUGCACAGAAUAUUCAGAUAUGAUUGCCUUACAUGUAUACAGAAUAACUCUUCUGAUUUUAAAUUUUUUGUGCAUGCAAGCACAAGCAGCAAUAAAAGGAGUUGAGGAAGAUGGAAAUGUUGAUCUUGUUCAUUUCCCAGAGCUUCCAGUGCCUGAGAUUUUUCAUGGUCUUCAGGAUCAAGCAUUUAAUAUUGUCACAGAAUUAUGCAGCUCCAGGAAACAAGAUCCCAUUGAGCCUCAAAUUCAAAGUGUGUGUCUUUUACUUUUGAGAAUUAUGGAACAAUCACUAUACUUGGAGCUUUGUGUUACACGGAUCUGUGGAAUCAGUCCAGUAUCGGUUCGUUUGGAUGACUUUUCAAAGGAGUACAAAAGUUUAAUUUCAGAUACGCAAGGGAAAACAUUUCUAGAGGCUCCUAUGAAGUCUAUAAAGCGUGUUGUGAUGUUGUUGUAUCCUAGUUUAUCCUAAGUUGGGAAUGAUAAACUAAAGCAACUCACAAUGUUGGAUCACUUUUUCAUCACAAUAUUCACACUAGUUCUUCCACUUAUAUUCUCGAACUUCCAUUGCAACAACAUAUUUUAAAAAUUUUAAGUCGAGGAUUGUUCUAUGAUGAAUUUAGGAUAGCACAUAAUAAGUGCAUAGCUUCUUUUCACAAAGAAGUUGGAGUUCAUCAAGCAGCUGCUGAUGCAAUUAUCAUGUAAACAUUUUUCUUGAAAGCAGCUAAAAUGACAUUGUGAAAGCGGUUAUGUUGAGCGUUGCAAUUUUGAAAAUUACGAUAACAAUGUAAAUGUUGGAGCAUUUUAUGAGCAAUCUUAAUUUACUAGUGAUAAAGAGUUGUCAGCAAAACAAAAUAAAACUACGUAAUGUAAUCCUCAUUGAAGCAAGCAGGUGGGAAUUUACUGUUGUAAGCAUCUUUGUGUAAGAUGAUUCUUUAUAACUCUCACUAUCAAAUUUAGUGUUUAGUCA